UUGUGAAUGCUUAGAAAAGUGAAAUAAGUUUGCAUUUUAUUUGUAAAAAUGAGAUUGCCCCACAUGUCGCUGAUGCGAAGAUGGACGAAAGAACGGAGAUUAUUCUGUUCCAUCUCUGGCGAGCAGAUGUCUGCCCGAGAAUUAACACCGGAAAUGAAGCUACAAAUGGAGGAAAAGUGGCACCGUAAACUUGGCGAUAACAGGUUCAAUCCAUCAAACACGGAAAAUCCGAAACGGUAUGUGCUUGCCAUGUUUCCUUAUCCAUCCGGCAACCUACACAUGGGCCACGUCCGAGUCUACACUAUAAGUGAUGCGAUGGCACGGUUCUAUCGGUUAAAUGGAGCCAAUGUACUACAUCCAAUGGGCUGGGAUGCGUUCGGGUUGCCAGCGGAGAAUGCGGCCAUUCAACGGGGGAUUCCGGCCGACCAGUGGACGCAUCGAAACAUUGCCGAAAUGCGUAAGCAGCUGGAAAUGCUAUCGUUUAGUUUCGACUGGGACCGAGAGUUUGCCACUUGCGACCCGGAAUACUAUCGUUGGACACAGCAACUCUUUUUGAUGCUCUUCAAGGAUGGACUUGCGUAUCAACGAGAAGCCCUCGUCAAUUGGGAUCCGGUCGACCAGACGGUGCUGGCCGAUGAGCAGGUAGACGAUAACGGCUGCUCGUGGCGAUCCGGUGCGAAGGUAGAGAAGAAAGUACUCCGACAGUGGUUUAUUAAAACCACCAAGUUUGCCAAACCCCUGCUUGAUGGUUUGAGCGAUCCUACCUUGGAGGAUUGGAGAGACAUUAUAAAACUUCAGCGUCACUGGAUCGGGGAGUGUGAGGGUUAUGCAUUUGAGCUACCUUUAGUGGGCGAUUCAAAGACGCAUGUUUCUGUUUGGACACGUGAGCCAGUUGAUUUAAACAACGCUUUAUUUGUUGCCAUCAAUCCAUCGAAUCUUUUAAACAGUGGAAAGCGUACAGAAUGCGCAUUGGAAAUCUCUGUACAAAAUCCUUUUACCGGAGGAACACUUCCGGUUGUUGUCACCGAAAAUGUUCCUUUUCCGGAAGGAUGUGAUUCCUACCUGGCCGUCGAUAAUGAUGAAAACAGAUCCAUUGCCGAAAGGGUAGGGUUAAGUAAAACGCAGCUAAAUGAAGGACAUAAAAAUGUUACAUCCGGGGAUGACAUCCUUCAGCAAGCGGUAGCUCACCAGCUUGGUGGUCAUCCCGUCAGUUCCAAGCUACGUGAUUGGCUCAUCUCAAGGCAACGAUUUUGGGGAACGCCAAUCCCAAUCAUUCAUUGCCCCUCUUGCGGGCCAAUACCGGUACCCGAGGAGAGCCUCCCGGUGAAACUUCCCACAGAAUCCGUCGGAGUACCGUUGGCACAGAACAGUGACUGGUUGAAGGCAACAUGUCCCUCUUGCCAGCGUGUCGAUUGUAGACGAGAAUCCGACACAAUGGACACGUUCGUGGAUAGUUCGUGGUAUUUUUUGCGCUUCAUCGAUCCCCGAAAGUGUGACGCCAUGUUCGAUCGUUCGCUUGCCCAUCGUCUGAUGCCGGUCGAUCUGUACGUUGGCGGGAAAGAGCAUGCCGUACUUCAUCUGUACUACGCUCGCUUUGUGGCACACUAUCUGCAUAGCAAAGGAUUGUUACCGUCGCCGGAACCUUUCAAGCGACUGCUCGUCCAAGGUAUGGUGAUGGGACGAUCGUACCGUGUGGCCAGCAGUGGAAAGUAUAUACCCGCGGCCGAAGUGGAGAUUUUGGACGAGAAGAACAACAAAGCGAUCGAACGGGCGACCGGUGAACCGAUCACGAUGCUGUGGGAGAAAAUGUCCAAAUCGAAGUUGAAUGGUGUCGAUCCGCUUGAGGUACUACGUGAGCAUGGUUGCGAUACGCUGAGGCUCAUACUGCUGGCCGACGUUGCACCGACCUCUCAUCGCAAUUGGUCGGAAGCGACAUUCCCCGGUAUAUUGAACUGGCAAAAGCGAAUUUGGAUGACGAUGCACGACUUCCGGGAACUUCGUUCAAAGAUCGAUCCCAACAAUCCGGCCCCAUCACCGGCGAACCGGGAAGAAUUCACCACCCAAGAGCAGAAACUGUGGGACGCUAGAAAUUACUUUACCGCCGGAGCAACGUUUAACUAUCGUCACUCGCAUCAGCUGAGUGUGGGCAUAUCGAAGAUGCAGGGUCUUACCAAUGCCAUCCGUAGGGCUACCCCGGACGUGGUGGCCUACAGCCGGCAGUAUGAACUUGCGCUGGCCGCACAGAUUAUUAUGCUCGCUCCGAUGGCACCCCAUUUUGCUGCAGAACUGUGGGGACAGUUGCUCGCAAUACCGAACCGGAUCGACCGUACGGAACGGAAGGACUCUUGGAUACGAUGGGACGGUGGUGUGUUUGACCAGCGGUGGCCGGAAAUAGACGAUGAAUUUCCACUCGAUCUUACAUUUAAGAUAAAUGGUGCGGAAUAUUGCAUUUUAAAGAUUCCGGCGAAACGAUUCAAUCACCUUACACACCAGGAAUCGCUCGAUCUUGCCCUGCGUGAGGAAGUUAUUGUUAAGCUGAUCGGCAAGCGACCGUUGCGGACAAGCGACUUUACCAUGUAUCCGAGCUGUGAAGCGAUCCUUAAUGUGGAACUCGAUCGAGCAGUUUCGGAUGAGAACGAACCGGAAUCGGGAAAGGUGAAAAAAGAGAAGAAGGAAAAAAAAGUGAAAAAGAAAAAGUCUCUACAAGUUGUUUAUGUAAGCUAGGUUUAGGGGGGUGUGUAGUGAAAUAAAAGGUUGUUACUAA